AGUCUUAUAAAGGAAGGAACUCCCUCUCAUGCCUUGUGCAUCUCAAAGUUUGACAAGUGGACUGUCUUUUAUUCACUUGGGGGCAUUUUAAAUUAAUUUCCCUUAGGCUUACGAGACCGCACAACUGCACAACUUUCUUCCUUAUUUUCCCUCAGCUAAACAGCAUAGUCUUCUAAGAUGACCUGGAGGGUGAGCAGUUGUUUUGUCACUCUGGCCGUCCUGUUUCUUUGGCGAGUGGAAGAAGUAGCAGAAGCCUGUAGCUGCGCCCCAGCACAUCCUCAGCAAAUGGUUUGCAGCGCAGAUGUUGUUAUCAGGGCAAAGGUAGUUGGAGCGCAGGAGGUCGACACUGGUAACAUCCUCUAUGGACAUUCAAUCAAAGAGAUCAAGUAUGACAUCAAACAGAUCAAGAUGUUCAAAGGUCCUAACCAGGAAUUUGAUGCCAUAUACACUGCUAUUACCUCUUCAGUGUGUGGAGUGACUCUGGAGACUGAUGGCACGGAGUAUCUUAUUACAGGCGAACUGAAUGCUGAGGGGAAGCUUCAUAUCUCACUGUGCGAGUUUGGUAUGCCAUGGGAGGACCUGAGUGACACCCAAAAGACGAGCCUGAUUCAGCGCUAUGAAAUGGGCUGUGAAUGCAAGAUCAUUCCAUGCAGCUCCAUCCCCUGCACGAUCAGCGGCCCAAUGGAUUGCCUGUGGACAGACUGGGUGGUUGAGAGGACAGUCACUGGAGAGCAGGCCAAACACUAUGCUUGUAUUAAGAGGAGUGAUGAUUCUUGUGCUUGGUACAGAGGGGCUGCACCACCCAAAAAGGAUUUCCUGGACACCGAAGACCCUUAACUCCACCGCUGCCCAAUGUUACAAGGAUGUCUGCAGUGGAGAUGUACUAAGAUAUAAAUUCCAAAAACAGAAAUAAACACACAAGUGAAAUUGUUAUUGUUUUAUAGGGUGCGCCAUGUUAAGGUUGAAGAAAAUAUUUUUAUUCAUUCAGCACUUUUUGGUUCUUCUAUCCCCAAAUCCAAAGCACUUCCUUAUAAACCAUUUCUCCUUCAGCUGAAACAAAGGGAUAAUCAUCAUAACUUAGUAUUCCUGUUCAAAGUAUUUGUGCUUUUAAUUUUACAGUUUUCUUUUUUUUUAACCAAGUGUAUUGUUUAAAGUGGACUAUAAUCUUAUAAUGAAACUCACAACUCAAAAUCUAUGUGUUGAUAAAUAACAUUAGCUGGAAUUAAGCAUCUUUUGUGACAUGCAGAGCUAUGAAAAGAAAAGGGUCCUAUCUCUGUCUUGUUCUAAGUAUACACAACUUUUUUAUAAGAUGUUCCAGACCUGUUUAUAGUGAGAGUGACAUGCUAAUGGCAACACAGUCAAUGCUAUGGUACCGUAAUUGUUUUCUUCAAAUAUUCCUGAACAGAAUGCACUUUGAACACAGCUGUCGCAGCUGUCAUAUUGUCUCUGAUGCAAAUAUCUGAAAAAGAAAAUAGGACCCUCCAUUUUGUAGUUUUUUAAACAUAUAUUAAGGCCUUCUCUUUAUUAUGCUUUAGUAAGUGUAAGAGCACAUUUUAUUUAAGGAGGUUACAUGUAAUCUACUGAAAAAACACCAAAUUUUCAGGAUUUUUAACUGGCAAAUGACAUUAUUGGUAUUGUAUAAAGAGAAGACUUAGAAUUUUAACAAUAUUAGCAAAAUACACACAUUAUGUGUCUGUUUACUGUCUAGUUCAUCUUUUAGGACAGUGAAUUAAAGAACAUAUUUUAAUACUUGCAAUGCCAUGGAUAUGAUCUUAAAAGUACUGAGUGAAUGUCGUGUGACUAAUAAUGAAUAUGAGAGUGUAAAAAGCUUCUUCAUUUGAAACUGUAAUCAAGAAUAAUAUCUUGUGCUGGUUUCACAUGAGAUAAAAUAAUUUUUUUCAUGCAUGUCCAACUGAAACAUUCUGUACAUUUGACUAUUAUAUUAAAUGCCAAACCCUG